GCACCGCGCAUGCUGUGGCAUGCCUCGGCUUCAGUAAUCAAGCAGAAGCAAUUGUUCGGGAAAUUUUCUUGUCGCGAUUGCAAAAUGGGAAAGCUAGUCUUUAUCUCGCUUGUAAUAGCGGCCCUAUCGGUGCUGUUCGGAGAAAGGAUUAUCAGCUUCAGGAGAAGGACCUUCGCUUCAAGGGAGCUGGUCCAGAAUCACCUCCCCAACUGUGUCGCACUCAAAAAUCUGGAUCAUGGCUCAGAGGAUAUAACGAUCCUUGGAGACGGGCUUGCCUUUAUCAGCACUGGUCUGAAGUAUCCUGGGCUGCCAUCCUCGGAGGAGACAGGAAAGAUCUUCUCCCUCGAUAUGCAAGAUCCUCGGAUGAAACCAGUGGAGCUGCGCAUGCCAAGAAACUUUGAUCUGGAAUCAUUCAACCCUCAUGGCAUCAGUGUAUACACCGACACAAGUGAUGACACAAUAUACCUGUUUGUUGUCAAUCAUCCUCAACACAAAAGUCAAGUAGAGCUGUUCAGAUUUGUUGAGGACUCCCUCUCCCUGGUGCAUCUGAAAACCAUCAAACAUGAGCUUCUCUACAGUGUGAACGAUAUUGUUGCAGUGGGAGUUGAAAGCUUCUAUGCAACCAAUGAUCACUACUUUACACAUGAGAUCUUUAAAGGCUUGGUGGAGCCUCUUCUGGCUCAGCCCUGGACCAACGUUGUGUACUACAGUCCUGAAGAAGUAAAAGUGGUCUCUGAGGGGUAUUACUUUGCAAAUGGCAUCAAUAUCUCACCAGACAAAAGGCAUAUAUAUGUGGUAGACCUAUUUGACCACAAUGUGCAUGUGCUCAAGCGGAAAGAAGACAAUGCAUUGGUCUCUGUGAAGUCUGUGGCUGUGGAUUCACUAUGUGACAAUGUUGAAGUUGACCUUGAAACUGGUGACCUGUGGUUAGGCUGUCACCCUAAUGCAUGGAAAGCUUUCAUGUUCGACCCCAAGGACCCACCUGGAUCAGAGGUCAUCAACAUCAAGAACAUUCACUCUUAUCAGCCAGUGGUGACUCAGGUGUAUGCCGACAACGGCCAUGUGAUCAUGGGCUCCUCUGUAGCAGCUACCUAUGGGGGGAAGUUGCUCAUUGGCAGUGUGUUCCAUAAAGCAAUCUGCUGUGAUUUGAAGUAGGCAAUAACUCUUUGACAGAUGGUUUUCAGUAAGGAGAAGAGAUCAAGAUUUACCACUUUGCCAUGUUCUCAAUCAGGCAGUGAUGAUUUGAAUGAUGGUAUACAUGGAUAUUACAAGACUUGUUGUGUGUGGGGGGAAUGCUUCACACAGUUGUACUAGACAGGAUCUGAUAAUAGACCAAGAAAAUCUAAGUAAUGAGCCAUGGGUACAACGGCAUAUUUGCAAAUUGUGUCAGACAUAGAAGUUACUUAACUGCCCGGAUACUUGAACCACUGUGAAAUAGGUAAACAAUAUUUUUCAAUCAAAUGUAAAAAGAUCAUAUAAUUGCUUUGCUUUUUAUAUAUUUUUAAAUGUCAGUUGCUUAUCAUGUUUUGUUCUUUUGGGCCAAAUAUUGUAUUCUAAGGUGUGCUGACAUACUGAGUGUGAUUAAGAUCCCUAAAUAAAAGCUUGAUGGUCCAUA